GUCCUGGUUUAGUCCUGGUUUAGUCCUGGUUUAGUCCUGGUUUAGAACUUGUUUGUUUAUGAAGUGGUUGUAGAUAAAUAUUGUUUUUGUCUUGUUUUUUCAUGUCUCCAUGUCCCAAGACAAAUUUCUCCCAUGGGAGACAAUUUAAUAAUAUUAAAAAUGAACUUUUCUGAUGUUGAGAUUUAAAAUGUCCCAGUUUGAACAGAAGGAUCCACAGGGGUCAGAGGUCAGAGGUCAGAGUUCUCUUGACCCCUCCCCUCCCUCUCUCCUUCAGUCCUGCAGGUGUUGUUCACUUCAGCUGCAUUUCUGUUUCAAAUGUUCGUGUGCAGAGUUUAUGUUGAGUCAGACUUUAAUGUUUUCACAUCCACAGUAGAUUUGAUUUGAUUUAUUCUGUUUUACAUUCAGAAAACACAGAAUAUUUCUUCUUCCUAAUUACAAACACAUUUUGUAAUUGAUCAGAACAAUCGCUCUUGUCACGAUUCAGAUUCUUUUAGUUAUAUAAAGUCAAAUGUGUUUCAGUUCUGUGGAGCGUCACUUCCUGCCAUGGCCACAGGAAGUUCUAUGUCAAAGAAGAAUAUAAUGAACUUUCAACAUGUUCCUGAGGCAAUUAUGCCCAGUGAUGUUUCUACAUAAGAGUCAUGCAUUUAAAUGUUCUCAUAUUAACAUUUCUUUUGUUCAUAUUUUAUAGUUUGGAGGAGACUGUGGAGUCGACUGGACCCAGACCUUUGUCUCUGAAGAGUGAUCGAUCUAUGGGUUUCAGCCUUUGUCCUUUCAACUGGAGCCAAACAGACCCCUGGUUCCACGUUGUUGUGUUUGUGAAGAGACUUUUGAAGGAGAUCCCAUGUUUCUGAGCUGUUCUCAUGUGGCCUGUACUCGCUGUGUAAUGAAGAACACUGAGUCACAGACAACAGGUCAUAUCCACUGUCCUCAGUGUGAAACCAAACAGAGACUCACACCAACUCUACAGGCGCUCAGACUCCUGACAGGGGACGAUAAACUCUUUCACUUAAUUGUGAAACUGAAGGAGGAGAUGCACAAAAGGUUUUCUAUGACGACUGAAGGAAACGGAGAUGAGAGGAGUCCCCUGAAACACAUCUACACUUCACUGUCCAUCAACUUUGGCAAGAGAGAAGUUCUCCCAGGACACUACUCCACGAUGAUGAAAAGAACAGAUUCUCAGGUAGCAGAGGUCCAAUUCAAUGAUCUUUUCCAUUCUCCACCAGUGAAGACCAGAACUGUCCUGACAAACGGAGUGGCUGGAAUUGGAAAAUCUUUUUGUGUCCAAAAGUUCAUUGUGGACUGGGCUGAAGACGCUGCUCAAAAAGAUGCUCAUUUUGUUUUCUGUCUGGCUUUUCGAGAGCUUAAUUUGAUCAAAAAUGAGAUAAGUUUGCUCCAGCUCCUGACAGACUUCCACCCGGCUCUGAGCGGCACAGACCCACAGGUCUUAGACUGGACUAAAGUGAUCCUGAUCCUGGAUGGUUUUGAUGAGAGCCGGUUUGAGCUGGACUUCAGAAACACAGAGAGAGUCACAUCGCUGCAGGAGGUCACUUCUGUGUCCAACCUCAUGUUGAACCUGAUCCAGGGAAACCUGCUCCCUUCAGCCCAGCUCUGGGUCACCUCUCGGCCAGCGGCCUCUCAUCAGAUCCCCGGAGAGUUCAUCCACACAGUCACUGAGAUUCAAGGCUUCAACGAUCUCCAAAAGGAAGAAUAUUUCAGGAAGAGGUUCAGGAACAAACCAGAGCUCGCUGAAAUGGUGAUUUCACAUGUGAAGUCAUCACAUUCACUGGACUUGUUGUGCCAGAUCCCCAUCUUCUGCUGGAUGUACUCUGUUUUAUUUGAGGAGGUGUUUGGAGGAGAGGAGCAGACUGGAGCUCCUCAGACCCUCACUGAGAUGAUGGCAGCGUUCGUGUUUAUUCAAACCAAGCGCAGCAGCAGAAAAUAUGACAAGACCCCAGAGAAAGAGAGAACCAAGCUUCUAAAAGCUAAAAGAGAGUUCCUCCUUAAAGUCGGCAAACUGGCCUUCAUCCACGUGCUAAACAACAACCUGAUCUUUUAUGAAGAAGAUCUACAACAGUGUGGACUUGAGUUCAAAGAAGCCACAGUUGAAUCUGGGUUUUUCAGCUCCAUUCUCCAACAAGAGCAGCUGUUUUUGCAGCAGAACGUGUAUUUCUUUGUGCACCCGAUCGUACAAGAGUUCUUUGCUGCUCUUUAUGUUUACGACUGUUUUACCAACAACAAACCCUGGGCUCCAGAGCUGAGCUCCUUCUUGGGUCUAGAGUCAUCAGAGUCCUCCUCCAGACCUCCAGUGUUUGACCUUCUAAAGAUGGUGGUCAACAAAGUUCUGAAGAUGAACAGUGGUACCUUGUACUACUUCCAGCGUUUCCUUCUCGGUCUUGUGCUUGAAUCGAAUCAGAGAUUUAUUCCUGGAUUACUGCGCCCCCUAGAGUCAAGUGAAGAUACUGUUAAAAACAUGUUGAUCCACCUCAAAGUCAUUCGACGCAAAACCAUCUCCCCAGACACCUGCAUCAACCUGAUUAAAACCAUGGUGGAGAUGGGAGACACUAAGAGCAGUGAAGAGAUACAGGAGUAUUUUAAAUAAAACAACGUCAUUUGACUGAAGCUGAACACUGUGGGUGACCAGAUUUUAUGAAUCAAAAACUGGGAUGUCUUUGUUUGGGAUAAUUAAGGACACAGUUGUGCUCUCAGUUCAUUCAUGACAUAUUCACUGAUGUUUAACCUCAGAGAGUCAGAGCAACUGAGAAUAUGAUUUUGUGUUCUGGUCAUUUUCAAGCUCAGUUUUCUGAAUUUUGUCCAAACAAAUGACAAUUUAUUUCUCUCUUUAUUGUUGACGAGAAUCAGACUGGUCAAAAAUAGAAACAUCUGGGACGUUUGUAGAAAAAGUGGGACAAAUCUGUGGUUUUGUGUAAAUCUGAGGCAGAGACACAGGCUCAGAAUCGGGAUUGUUCCGGUCAAAAAGGACGUCUGUCCACUCGAGUCAACUUCUUUAUCCACCUUAUUCCUGAAGUUGCUGUGAAGUUUGGUUUUGCCGCUCCUCUACUACUUUUUAUUACACACAUGUACUUUUUAAUUGUUAAUGCAGCAUAUGUGUAAAUUCUGGCCAAAAGGGUUAAAAAUAAGUUAUUGUGGACUAGGUCAGAGGAGAGGGUUCGGCUGAUGAUUUUGGUUUGUGGCUGGUGACGUAUAUUAAGUAACGGACACGUGAAAAAACAUUUAACAAAACGCCAAAUCUUUACAAUCUGCAGAUCAUUUGUCAGGUUUGAUAGUUAAAGUACACAGUCAAGUUCACAGUCACAAUGUUUAACCAUAUGCAACAGUAUUUAAAAGUAUUUAAGAGUAAUAGUCCAGGGUAUUUCCCAACAACAUUUACCACAACAGCAGUAACAGUCACUAUGGUUAUGUUCAGACUGCAGGGCUUAACGCUCAAUUCGGAUUGUUUUUUGUGAAAUUCAAUGUUUUUUCGAGGUCGUUCACAUUUCCAAUUAAAUGUGACUUGUAUGUGACUCCAGUGUGAACAUUAAACGGCCCAAAAGUGUCUCACAUGUGACACUGGAGACACGACGACGUCAACCGCAGCGAGCGAGAGAGAUUUUAAAGUUCCUCUCGUACCGGAGCCAGAACAUGAACAACUUAUUUGUUUUAAGGAGGAGAUUGAGAAGGAGAAGGACGAGGUUUUUGGUCGUGGUGUUUUGUCG